UGCAUAUCAACUAGAGAUCACUGCUACUGGCUGCUGAAGCUGCUUGCUGGCGAAGGGACUUCCCCGCGAAAAACCGUCGUACUGGUAAACAAGCCUCGAGUAGCUCACUUUUUGACACUUAUGCUGGUGUAUCAUCGUGUCAGUACCACAUACAUUACGAGAGAGGACAGUUUACUAGCUGCUGAAGAAGGGAUUCGGCAAUGGCGUAUGGAAGAGUGUCGUGUCGUUGUUGCUGAUUAUGAUUCUCUAAAGGAUCUGGACUACGGAUAUGUGGAAACGGUAUGUAUUCAGGAGGGCGCUUCUUCACGACUUAAUCAUUUUGGAUUGAAAUCAGGAUAA